AUGCUUCCGGAGUUGGUACAAAGAUUAUCCGACUGCCUGGUUGCUGAGCUUAUUCCACUGAUGGCCAUAGAUGGCGUGAAACGAGACCGUGCUCGGCAGCUGUAUGCAGCUGGCUAUAAAACUGUCUCUAAGGUAGCAAAAGCGAAUUAUCAAGAUCUUCUCAGGGAUAUUGCACAUCUUAGCCAGUUUAGCACUAUCAAAAUGAUCAGCUCAGCAAAGGUGAGUACAGAGACAAAUUUGCCUGAAAAUAUUUGAAC